AUGCUCCACUUUAUAAGAACCAGAUGUUUAUCGCCUGUUACAAACACCCCAUUUUCAGCUGAACCGUUCCACUUUAUACUGUGGAUAUCUCAGGAUGAGGGUCAGUGUGGUCUUCCUUUUUUUGUUCUUGUCUUGUGUUCAGCUCCAGAGACCUGAUGACCAGCUCGUAGUGGGGCCAAUGCAGCUUCUGGACAAGAGUCGUGUGGAAAGAUCAGAGCCCGAUGUGUGGACCGAGCUGAGAGAGCUGCGGGACAUGGUGGUGGAGCAGAAGGUGAAACUGCAAAGCCAGAUUGAAGAGCUGCAGAAACAAAAUGCAGCUUUGGAGGAGAGAGUGGUCUCUACUGAAGUGGGUGUGGAAGCACAGAGAGAGGAGAACGCAAACAGACCAAAGGUGGCAUUCUCAUUUGCUUCAGGCUUAAAAGGCCAUCAUGGGCCUCACAGCACUGACAACAUACUGGUUUUCCACAGAGAAAUCACAAAUAUUGGAAACGCUUUUAGUAAAACUACAGGUGUUUUCACUGCUCCAUUCAGAGGAGUCUAUUACUUCAGGUUCAAUGUACUUAGUGAGAAGGGUCCACACAUGCUGGCUGUAUGUUUGUUUAAAAAUGAAGAGAAAAUUUUGGACGUGAGUGAAUUUCCAAAAGAAACAUUUGAGUACGUCGUUGGUGGAGCCACUCUGCAGCUGGAGAAAGGAGAUGAAGUGUAUCUUAAGCUCAGAGGUCACAGUCAGAUUUAUGACAACAGCGACAACCAUUGCACUUUCAGUGGUUUUCUGCUGUUUGCAAUGUGAAAUGCUUUUAGUGGUGAGGAAAAAGAAGAAGCAAUACAGCCUUGACAAUCUAUAACUUAAGAACAGUUUAAGAUACAAACAUGAUCCACAUAUCAGAACAUCCAGCAGACCCACCCGUAACUAGCAUGAUGUCAUCGAGCUGUAAUGUCAGCAUUAGUGAGUAAUCUGACUCGGAAAAUCACCUAAAAUCCUGAUAUUAUUGCUCUGCUGUUUGACCUUCAUAUUCCAACAAAGGGUUAAAACAGUGACAUGAUUCACACAUCAGAUCAUCAUCAGACUCUGCUUCGCCAUCCAGAGUGAUUUCAUCCACCUGUGACCGUCCAUCAGCCAGAGAUCAGCUCCAAAACCACCCAAACUCACUCGCUACUGUUAUAUUACAUCUCUGCUUUUAGCCUUCAUAUUAUAAACAAAGGGCUUUCAGUUUACAUUGAUUUUCAGUAUUAAAAAUCUGAUAUUAAAUAUGCAGCUCAGUUUGUAAUGAAAAAUAAAGGCUGUCUUACUGUGUAUCUGAGUUUUAGCACUCAGCCUGAAUCCAAGGGGACAGAAAAUCAAUAAAAAUACAUGUCCACCUUAUUCUAAUUGUUUAUUUUUGCUCAUGAUAACCAAACGGAACUUAUUGCACUUUCAGCUCACAGACAGUCCAGACUAACAAUUGCAUUUGUUUACAAGAUCUCUAUAAU